AUGAAUCCAGCACCCAGUGUAGUGAGAGUGAAGGAAGAGAAGGAGACUAUGACUUACAGAGAUCAAACCAGACCAAGAGACACCUUCACAGGGCAGAUAUGUUACGUCUUCAUUCAUAAAACUGGAGGUGCAAACACCACAGGAAAGAAGCCGUUAAAACAUUACACUUUCAGAAAGGCUGAUUAUCUGUGUGUCUAUGCAGAGAGGGGGAUGACUGUGGAAGAAGCUAUCAAAAGAGAUGGUCGCUUCAUUGAUGAACUCAGCAACUUCACCUUACACACUGAGAGUAGGUCCUUACACAGAGGCCCCCCUCAGGCACAACAGAAGCCCAACAUAGAGCUUCCACCAGGGCUACUUCAGAUAUGUGGUCCAAUACCUGAAAAUGGUGAAGCCUGCAUUAUCGGUCACCCUGCAGGUGGUGUGAAACAAAUGGAUCCCACAUGUAUCAUGGAAAAAGUGAAGAGAGAGGAGGCUGCAGACAGUCGUUUAAAGACCCACAAUGCCACUCUGUUUGCUCUUUACCCAAUCCUCCAAAAUUUAGAAAAAAGAGGCAUUAAAAACAUCAUGCUGGGUGGAAGUAAAGUGGAUGAUGUAGUGACAUACAACACUUUCAUGUAUCAUGGCUCCUCUGGCUCCCCAGUGUUUGAUGCUCAUUGCAGGGUGUUUGGUUUGCACACUGCUGGUUUUACCUAUAAGUUUUCAAACGCUAAACACAGUGCAAUAGAGUUUGCCCAUCCUCUGAUUGACAUACUUAAGAAAUUUGUGAUGAAUCCGAAGAGAGAUCAAGAGCUUUUGGAGAGAGUUAGGAAAGCAGUAGAGAGCAUUGAACUGGAGGAAGUGACGUGCUGCUGAAAAAAGGAACUUGUGAUCAACA